AUGUGCCAAACAACUGAAUCUGGAGCCGAGGCUCUCUAUGGCCCAUUCCCCUCUGCCAUUCCUGUACCACACAUCGACAAGGAUGGCAAGACCCCUCCUGAAGAAGCCAUCAAAAAUGCCAAGUCUUACACUGAUCUCGGAAAGUACCCCGAUCACCGUGAUGUGAAGACCCCUGAUGAAUGGCUUCCACGUGAUGGACGUCUUGUUCGUCUUACUGGACGUCAUCCUUUCAACGUUGAACCUCCAAUGAGCGAGUUGAGAAAGACUAGAUUUCUCACUCCGUCAUCUCUUCACUACGUUCGAAACCAUGGUGCUUGCCCUCGUUUGACUUGGGAAGACCACACUGUGCUUGUUGGCGGAAACGUGAAGCACAAGAUGGAACUCACCAUGGACCAACUUGUUGCAUCUGCGCCACACAGAGAAAUACCUGUCACAUUGGUCUGUGCCGGAAACAGAAGAAAAGAACAGAACAUGAUCCGACAAACUAUCGGCUUUAACUGGGGACCUUGUGGUGUCUCUACCAAUGUUUACAAGGGUGUCCUCCUUCGUGACUUGCUUAUCAAAGCCGGUGUCAGUGACAAGAACACUCGCGGCAAGCACGUCGAAUUCAUUGGUGUUGAAGACCUUCCCAACAAGGUCGGACCUGGUCCAUUUGCAGAUGAACCAUGGGGCAAGCUCGUCAAGUACGGAACUUCUGUUCCUCUUGCCAGAGCCAUGAACCCUGCCUAUGAUAUCAUGGUCGCUUGGGAAGCAAAUGGUGAGAAGCUGAUGCCUGAUCACGGUUUUCCCCUUCGUUUGGUCAUUCCAGGCUACAUUGGUGGCCGCAUGAUCAAAUGGUUGAAGGAAAUCAACGUCAUUGAUCACGAGACCAAGAACCACUACCAUUACCACGACAAUAGAAUUUUGCCUCCACACAUCACAGCUGAAGAAUCUCUCAAGGGACAAUGGUGGUACAAGCCCGAAUACAUCUUUAACGAGUUGAACAUCAACUCUGCUAUUGCUUCUCCACUUCAUGAUGAAGAGCUUCCUAUUGCCCAGAACAUUGACAAGACAUACACUGUUUCUGGAUACGCCUACACUGGUGGUGGUCGUUUGGUUACCCGUGUUGAGGUCAGUACUGAUGGUGGAGUCCACUGGGAACUCGCCACUCUCGAUCGCAAGGAACGACCAACUGAGCAUGGCAUGUACUGGUGCUGGACUUGGUGGGACUACGAAUUGAAGGUGUCCGACCUUGUUGGCUGCAAGGAAAUCAUGUGCCGUGCCUGGGAUGAGUCCAACAAUGUCCAACCUGACCACCCGACAUGGAACUUGAUGGGGAUGGGAAACAACCAAGUCUUCCGCCUCAAGGUCAACAUGAACAAGAAUGCCAGCGGACAACAUGUCUUCAAAUUUGAGCAGCCCACCCAACCAGGGCAGCUCACUGGUGGAUGGAUGACCAAGCUUGCUGGAAAGCCCACAUCUGCUGGAUUCGGAAAGCUCCUUGAACUCGUUGAUAGUGCAACUGUCGAAGCCCCAGAGCCUGUUGCCGAGACCAAGGACACUGGUGCCAAGAAACUCUUCUCCAUGGACGAGAUUCGCAAGCACAACACUGAACACGACUGCUGGAUCGUUGUCAAAGAUCGUGUCUACAACGCUACCGAGUACCUCGAGCUACACCCUGGAGGUGCCGAUUCCAUCAUCAUCAAUGCUGGUGAGGAUGCAACUGAAGAUUUUGUGGCCAUCCACUCUAUGAAGGCCACUAAGAUGCUUGAGAAGUACUACAUUGGUGAUUUGGACAAGUCUGCAGUUGUUGCCGAAGAAAAGAAGGAGGAAUCUGAUCAACUCACUGACGAUAAGGGCAACUUGUUGGCCCUUAACCCAAGAAAGAAGACAUCCUUCCACCUACAAAACAAGGUUGUCCUUUCCAGAGAUUCUUUCAUGUUGGAUUUCGCCCUUCCGACCCCACAGCAUGUUCUUGGUCUUCCAACGGGGAAGCACAUGUUCAUGUCUGCUGUCAUCAAUGGCGAGACUGUUAUGAGACGCUAUACUCCUAUCUCGUCCAACUAUGAUGUCGGAUGCGUAAAAUUCGUCAUCAAGGCCUACAGACCGUGCGAACGAUUCCCCAAUGGAGGAAAGAUGAGUCAACAUGUCGACAACUUGAAGAUUGGAGACACGAUGGACUUCAGAGGGCCAGUUGGAGAGUUUGAAUACCAUGCCAACGGAAAGUUCUUGUUGGAUGGAGAGGAAUGCACUGCAACCAAGUUCAACAUGGUUGCCGGAGGAACUGGUAUCACACCCUGCAUGCAAGUGGCUGCUGAGAUCCUUCGUCACCCAGCUGACAAGACUCAAAUAUCACUGAUCUUCGCUGCUCGUGAGGAGGGAGAUUUGCUGAUGCGCUCCACUCUUGAUGAAUGGGAAAAGCGCUUCCCUGGCAAGUUCAAGGCCCACUACAUUUUGAGUGAUUCUUCGCCACCAGACUGGAAGUACUCAAAGGGAUUCGUAAGCCGUGAACUCUUCCAACAAGAAUUUUACCCUGCCGGUUCCGACACUUACACCUUGAUGUGCGGUCCACCGAUCAUGUUGGAUCGUGGCUGCACUCCCAACUUGGAGGCUUUGGGACACGAAAGGUCAAAAAUCUUUUCCUUUUAA